UGUUAUCUGCUGUUAUCUGUUAUUUCUCUUAAGGUGAUACAGCCGUAUGAAGGCGAUUAACUUAAAUCCUCUUUUCUAUUAACAUUUUGUUUUCAGUGACAAUGGCAGGGGGCAGUGGAGGUCAAGAUGGCUCCGUUACUUCAACACUCGUCACACCUAAAGAUGAAAAUAAGGCUAGUUGGGAGGGUGAUAAAGUUCAAAUGAAGAAACAACUAGGAUUACUAGAAGGUGUUGCUAUUAUCUUAGGAAUCAUCUUUGGUUCAGGUAUCUUUAUGACCCCUGGUGGUGUUAUAAAGGGAGCAGGAUCAGUUGGUUUCUCACUAGCAGUAUGGGCUAUGUGUGGGCUGAUGUCCAUGGUGGGUGCCUUGUGUUAUGCAGAACUUGGCACCUCUAUUCCAAAAUCUGGUGGCGAUUAUGCAUACCUUUUUGAAAUAUUUGGUCCUCUGCCUGCAUUUCUUUACCUUUGGGAUGCCAUGCUGGUCUUUGUGUAA